AUGCUAUUUGACCCCAGGAACGUGAUUAGGCUUGAAUCCCAGGGCUGGACUGGGGUCUUGGUAGAACCACCACCAACUGCCGAACCGUUAAUUUCUACCCGUCGCCCACCGCGGCUCUGCUCACCUUCCCAGCCGUUAAGGUCUCCGUCAGUCUCCACGCGUGAGCGGUCACCUCAGGUACCGGAUCCGCGCGGGUCCAAGGCGUCCACACCCACCCGCGAGGGCCUGGCGGAGGCUUGGCCUAAGCCCUGCAGCCUUGGGCCAAGAAACCCAGUGGUUGGUCAGCGACAUCCGGGCGCUGAGCGGCCGCCCCCAUUAGGCUGCAGAGAGACUUCCUGGGAGCUUGGCAAGUGGACUCAUUGUUCUGACACGUGCGGCCACUUGGAAGCCCGAAUUCAGAGACCCCAGUGCCUGAUGGCCAAUGGGCAGGAAAUCAGCGAGGCCUUCUGUUACCAGCUCCAGAAGCCACGGGCUGCAUUUCAGCCCUGUAACAACCGGGACUGCCCCCCCGAGGGCAGAGAGAGGGGCUGGGGACACUGGAGGCCCGGCUUCGUAGGAGCUUCCAACUGUGUCGGCUGCACUCAGGGGGCAGUGGGUAACUUCUGGGGCUUUGCUGCAGGUGUCUCGGGUGUCCCUCGUGUCACGGCUGUCAGUGGGGCCAAGUGUGUCUCAGGUGCCACCAGUGUCUCGGGUAUCGUGAAUGUUGCUGGUGGCCCCCUCCCCAGAGUGUUGGGUGUGCCUCGGGUGCGGCGGGUGUUGGAUGUGCGGCGGGUGCCUUGGGAGCCGAGGAUGCUGCAGGUGGAGGGAGGGGCCACAGGGUCACUCGAGGUGUCGUUAGUGUCCCAGGUGUCAGGGGUGCCUUGGGUUUGGUGGCUGUCGGGCGUGAAUGAUGUGCAGCAGGUGUCAGGGGUGCAGCGGAUUCCUCGGGUGCAGAAGAUGCCGCUGGUGAAGAGAGUGGCCCCAGGGUCACACAAGGCAGAUGGGUGCCACGGGUGCUGCUGGUGUCACGGUGUCAGUGGUGUCAUGGGUGUCACUAGUACCUCGGGUGCCACUGGUGUCUGGGGUGUCAGUGGCGUUGUGGAUGCCACUGGUAUCCUGGUGGAGCUGGCGUCUCCUCUGGUGUCUCAGGUGCUGCUGCUGUCUUGA